GCAGCAAGUCACAGAUCCAGUGGACCCAGUCUGAAAAAAAAAAUUCGGGAAAAGACCAUCAGCUUCCAUUACUUUCUUCGCGAAACCAUUUCCCUCAUUGCCAUGCCAAAGUGUACGCAUAAAGGCUGUGGAAAGGAGUUCAACCCAGACGACAAUAUUGACAACUCUUGUCAAUUCCAUCCCGGCGCGCCCAUUUUUCAUGAAGGCUUGAAAGGCUGGUCAUGCUGUAACAAGCGAGUAAGCGAUUUCGACGAAUUCCUUCAGAUUCCCGGCUGUCAUUACGGCCGCCACUCCACGGAAGCGCCUGUCGCGCCCAAGCCCACGGAAGAACCCAAGCAAGCGGCGGCUCCCACGGCCACCACGGCCGGUGUUGAAGUGUAUGGCACUGCCAAGCAACAAUCGGAAACCGUGGCCACCGCGGUGCCGGCCAAGGAGGAGACCAAAAAGGAACCUGAGCCCGAAUUGGAAGACGACGAAACCAUUCCUGUGGCGCCAGGUACAACCUGCAAGCGACGAGGAUGUGGCGUCAGUUUUAAGAAUAAUGAGACUUCGCGAGGCGACGGUUCCGAAGCCGUGUGCGUCUACCAUCCCGGGGUACCCAUUUUUCAUGAAGGAUCCAAGGGCUGGAGUUGCUGUCCUCGCAAAGUGCUUGAAUUCGACGAAUUCUUAAAGAUCAAAGGUUGCAAACAAGGCAAACAUUUAUUUGUGGGUAAUAAAAAGGAGAGUGAUCAAGAAGAAAUGGUCGAUUGUCGUACGGAUUGGUACCAAACCCAGAGCAACGUCAUCCUGAGUAUAUUUGCCAAGAACAAAGAAAGCACCGAUGUUAAAUUCACGUCGCGUUCGAUCACCAUCGAUAUCAAGAUGAAGAACAACCAACGCUUCAAGAAAACCAUCCAACUAUUUCAUUUGAUUGAACCUGAGAAUUCAAAGUUCACAGCACUUUCAACCAAGGUGGAGAUUAAUAUGAAGAAAGUGGGGGGUAUCUCAUGGGCGGCUUUGGAACCCACUUCGGAUGUGAAAUCAUGGACCACCUUUGGCGUGACAGGCGGUGGUGGUACGAUAGAUUGGCCAUAUAAGGAGUCAUCAUUGUCCGCGGCAAUGGUUGCAUAGAGAGAGACACCUAUUUAUGACGUGUUAGUGGUAAUUUGUUAUUCAUGUUUCCAGUGUACUUUUUGGUUUUUUUUUGUGAACUUUUUUUUGGCCAUGACGUAUCAAUUUGAUAAAGGCUUUUGCAAAAAAAGUGGUUGAGAAGUGAGGGAAUGAAAUAAAUGAUAAAGAAAGGAAGGAGACUUUGGAGGAAAUAAUGAACACUCUAGUGUUACGCAUACGACAAGAAUCAAUUUCCGAAACCAGUUGGGUUACUUUUUUGUGAUGCGAAAAAAACUCCAUUCUUUUUUUAUUGUGC